CAUCACAACAUUGAUAAUUUUGUUGUCAGUUGUCACUUAUAUGUACAGUGCAUGUUUCAUACUUUUAUUGAGUUUCGCGCAGUUCGCUGGUAGGCCAAAAUAAUAGAGACGAAUUGUAAUCAACAAUGUAUCUAAUAACACCAUAACUGUCGUCACGUAGAUUUUUAAGAAAUGUACUAAAUUAUUCAGUGUUUAAAUGUACAGAGUUUAAUAAAUUGUGAGUGCAAACGUUAGUACGAAAAUGGAUGUAGAUAUAGUUAAUUGGAGCAACAAAGAAGUAUUAGAGUUAUUACAUAAAGAGAAAAUAUCUCAAAUCAUAAAAGAUAUCUGUAAAUCUCAAGACAUAGAUGGACAGUGUUUACUUUCCUUCGUUGAUCGGGAUUUCUACGACUAUCCCUUCGACCAACUAAAAUUGGGUGAAAGGAAAAGGUUCAUAUUAUUAGUGAAAAAAGUGCAAAGGAAAAAUCGAAAUGCUAUGUACGAACUGGGUUUAUGUGAAGAUCACACAUUAAGUAACCCUGCCACUAACAUUAAUUUCGUUGGAACUAAUUUGUCACAUUUAAGCUAUAAUCUUCAUAAUCAGCUACAAAAUGAAUUGUAUGGAAGAAAUACUGAAUGUAUGUCUAAUUAUACACCAGAUAUAAAAGCUUCCAGAUUGAAACCUGAAAUAUGGAAAACUGCUAUUGCACUUGGUUAUCUAUUCCUGGUGACUUGGGUCACAGCUGUUGUUAUGGUGAUUGUGCAUGAUAAGGUUCCAGAUAUGAAGAAGUAUCCACCAUUACCCGAUCUCUUCUUGGAUAAUGUUCCUCAUAUUCCUUGGGCUUUUGACAUGUGUGAGAUUACUGGGUCAUUACUAAUGGCUAUCUGGGUCAUAGUGCUGUUCUUUCAUAAACACAGGUUUAUAAUAUUGCGGAGAUUCUUUGCGUUGGCUGGCACGGUGUUUCUGCUGCGGUGUUUCACGAUGUUAAUCACGUCGCUGUCGGUGCCCGGCUCUCAUUUGAAGUGUGAGCCGCGGUUCUACCCGCCAGCGGACGACUUAACCGUUUGGGGUCGCCGCCUCCGUCAGGCCUAUGACAUAUGGAGCGGAGCCGGCAUGUCUGUGCGUGGGGUCCGCACUUGCGGCGACUAUAUGUUCUCAGGGCACACCGUCGCUUUGACCCUACUCAACUUCUUCAUCACCGAAUAUACCUCUCGCAGUUUGUACCUGCUGCACAUCCUGACGUGGGUCAUGAACAUGUUCGGAAUUUUCUUCAUCCUGGCUGCUCACGAGCACUACUCCAUUGAUGUGUUCAUCGCUUUUUACAUCACAUCGCGUCUCUUCCUCUACUACCACACGCUGUCUAACAACCAAGCUCUGAUGCAGAGCGAUUCUUCUAGAACAAGAAUUUGGUUUCCUCUGUUAUCAUUCUUCGAAUCGGAGGUCGAUGGCAUCGUUCCAAACGAAUACGAGGGACCGAUGCAGAUUCUCUUCAAUUUGAAACAAUGGUUUAUACAGCUCGUUACCGACGUGAAAACGUCUUCGAUGGCCAAAAUAGCCGGGAGUAAGCUUCAGGAGGGCGCCGCGAUGGGCGAGUACUCCGUCGUUAGGCUCGUGGACGGCAUCAAACGGAAUCUGAGUCUGAUCGAAGAGUACAAGAGUUCCCGGCAGCGACUGGUCACUCUUGACAAGAAUGUUCAGGCAGGUCUGCUGGAAGAGCUGCCAGAGGCGGAACUGCGGCACAGGAAUAUAGCGGAUCUCACCAGCGACAACCUCUUCAAAGAGUUCAGCAACCCACCACCCCCCUCACCAAUCACAAAAAAGAAUACAUGAGCUAUCGCCACUCGUAUCGACUUUUUCUAACGUUUUGUAGGUAUCGAGUUCCGAUACCAGAGCGUUUUACAUUUCCAUUAUAGAUUUUAUAUCAUGUUAUUCCAUAUUUAUACUUAGUUAAUUAAAUAUGUAGAAAAUUACAAAAGUUUAUUUGCUCAAGAUAAUCGUGAAAAUAUAACGAUAUGCUUUAAUUA